GCGGGGCGCAGUCCAUGGGUGUCGGGCUGGUGUGGGCGGAGAGGGUCUGCGAGUUCUUGCUGCACUGAGUUCAGGAAACUGGCAGGGUGUUUGACCGAUGUAAGCUGUCUUGAGAUUGACUGUUGCUGUUUUCUCAGAUGAAAAAGGGCGUCUUUUCCCAACAGCCUUCCAGCCUCUGUGCGGGCAGGAAACUUGAAAUCUGAGAUUAGCGAUUUGUGGGGAGGAGGACUGGUCAGGACGUGGGGUAGUCAUUAGGAUUUCUAGUGGUUGCCCUAGGCCUUUCUAAGAUUCUUCCUCACUUAGUUUGUGUCCUUGUGUCCUUGUUGUGUCUGGGUUCACAUUUUCCUCCUUCUAGAGCAUGGGCUGACUCAACUGUGACUUGCAGCAAACGUCACGCUGACAGGUGCCUGGGAGGGGCGAUGGUGCCAAGGCAGCUGUUGGGGAAACUGAAGCAGCCGUUUCUCUUCCUGAGCAGUGCCUCCCUCCUCCUGGGGCUGGCUUUACUGGUCAUACAGCCUGAUGUCGCCCCUGUUGCUUACUUCUUCCUCUGCUUGGCUGGCUUCUGCUUUAUCGCUUGCCUCCUGGCCUGUGUUAUGGAACGGUGUCUCCAAUCAAUGCCAAGUUCAAGGCAGACUGACAAUCCAGAGGCCUCGGGCAAUGCACAGAUCAAUGAAGCUUUUGAGGUGCCAACCUAUGAACAGGCUGUAGUAGUGAUGGAUUCACAAUCACAGCACCAUCUCCAAGAGCUGGAGCAACCACCCCCUUACAGCAGUAUCAUAAUAUCCCCAGGAAUUGAGGGGGCACAGCCUAGCCAACCAGAGAGGCCCGACACAGGCAGUCAGAAAAGGCGAGUGGGCUCAGAGGGGACAAUGACGCCCAGAGGAAACCCUGGAAGAGCUCUUCGACUUAGGGGUCCACGAGUUGUGUCCACUGCUCCUGAUCUGCAAAGCUUGAGGGUGGCCCCAAAACUGGAGCCUAAUACUCCACCCCCUGCCUAUGAAAUCGGUUUUGCUCACCCUGAUGAUGACAGUGUUUUCUAUGAAGAUAAAUGGAUACUUCCCUAAGCGAUGCUCUCAGAACCUAUCACCUGUGAACUCAUUUGCCCAGCAUUUCCUAAUAUCUAUUGAAUCAGAAGUUGGUUUUGCCCUAACAUCACAAUUGACGCCUUCAAAGCAGUGGGGAGUUAGGCUCCGGAAUGUUCUUCACAGUCGAGAUAUAAAUGGCAUACCUGGAUUCUUCUGGAAACAUUCUGGAGCCUACCUGACGAGCAGUACUUCCAACGUAAGGUGGAAGAAGAGAGAGAUAAGUUACCAAGAGAAGCUGGAGGGGUACCUCGGAGUGACAGUUGUGUUUCUUCUAUUGCAGACACCAAGAGAUUCCUGAUGGGGAUGAGAGAUUCUAAGGGUGAGGGGAGCUGAAUAGUUUGCACAAGAACGGGAUGCUAGUAAAAACAUAAAAAUAACUCGAAUCGAAUCCCAA